CCUCGCUUCUCCCCUGGGCCCUCGGCGACCGGCACGGAGAGGGGCCACUGCUGAGAGCCCAGUCCCAGCCUGGCCACCACGGAGCCCUGCUGCCAAAAAGUUCCUGAUAUCAUCCCUGACCUCCUCUCAGCACAGGACAAGGAUGGGGGAGAUAUCUUUCGGCUCCCACUUCUAUGGCUGUUUGGCUGUGUUUGUCUUCCUGCCCUCCCUGAGCCUAGCACAGUAUGAGAGCUGGCCCUAUCAGCUCCAGUACCCUGAGUACUUCCAGCAGCCGGCUCCCGAGUACCAUCAGCACCGGGUGCCCUCUGAUGUGGUCAAGAUCCAGGUACGCCUGGCGGGCCAGAAGAGGAAGCAUAAUGAAGGCCGUGUGGAGGUCUAUUAUGAAGGCCAGUGGGGCACUGUGUGUGAUGAUGAUUUCUCCAUCCACGCUGCCCACGUUGUCUGCCGGGAAGUGGGGUACGUGGAAGCCAAGUCCUGGACUGCCAGCUCCUCCUACGGCCCAGGGGAAGGGCCCAUCUGGCUGGACAAUAUCCACUGCACUGGCAAAGAGGCGACCCUGGCAGCCUGCUCCUCCAAUGGCUGGGGUGUAACCGACUGCAAGCACACAGAAGAUGUUGGUGUGGUGUGCAGUGACAAAAGGAUUCCUGGGUUCAAAUUUGACAAUUCAUUGAUCAACCAAAUAGAAAGCCUAAAUAUACAGGUGGAAGACAUCCGCAUCCGGCCCAUCCUUUCUGCCUUCCGCCAUCGCAAGCCUGUGACAGAGGGCUACGUGGAGGUGAAGGAGGGCAAGACCUGGAAGCAGAUCUGUGACAAGCACUGGACAGCCAAGAAUUCCCACGUGGUCUGUGGCAUGUUUGGCUUCCCUGCAGAGAAGACCUACAACCCCAAAGCCUACAAAACAUUUGCCUUGAAGAGGAAGCUGCGCUACUGGCAGUUUUCCAUGAACUGCACGGGCACUGAAGCUCAUAUCUCCAGCUGCAAGCUGGGCCCUCCAGUGUCCCGGGACCUUGUGAAGAAUGCCACCUGUGAGAAUGGGCAGCCAGCUGUGGUCAGUUGUGUGCCUAGCCAGAUCUUCAGCCCUGAUGGGCCCUCAAGGUUCCGGAAAGCCUACAAGCCAGAGCAGGACCAUGUGUCUCUUCAGCAACCCUUGGUGCGGCUGAGAGGUGGAGCCCAGGUCGGGGAGGGCCGAGUGGAGGUGCUCAAGAAUGGAGAAUGGGGAACUGUCUGCGAUGACAAGUGGGACCUGGUGUCUGCCAGUGUGGUCUGCCGAGAGCUGGGCUUCGGGACUGCAAAAGAGGCUGUCACAGGCUCCAGGCUGGGGCAAGGGAUUGGGCCCAUCCACCUCAAUGAGGUCCAAUGCAUGGGGACUGAGAAGUCCAUCAUAGACUGCAAACUCAACACAGAGUCACAGGGCUGCAACCACGAGGAAGAUGCUGGCGUGAGAUGCAACAUUCCCAUCAUGGGCUUCCAGAAAAAGCUGCGUCUGAAUGGAGGCCGAAAUCCCUAUGAGGGCCGAGUGGAGGUACUAACAGAGAGAAAUGGGUCCCUUGUGUGGGGGACUGUAUGCGGCCAGAAUUGGGGCAUUGUGGAGGCCAUGGUGGUCUGCCGGCAGCUAGGCCUGGGCUUUGCCAGCAACGCCUUCCAGGAGACCUGGUACUGGCAUGGAAAUGUCUUCGCCAACAAAGUGGUCAUGAGUGGAGUGAAAUGCUCGGGGACAGAGCUGUCGUUAGCACACUGCAACCAUGAUGAGGAAGUGACCUGCCCUGAGGGUGGGGUACGGUUUGGUGCUGGAGUAGCCUGCUCAGAAACUGCACCGGACCUGGUACUUAAUGCGGAGAUUGUGCAGCAGACUGCCUACCUGGAGGACAGGCCCAUGUUCUUGCUGCAAUGCGCCAUGGAGGAGAACUGCCUCUCAGCCUCCGCUGUCCACACCAACCCCACCACAGGCUACCGUCGCCUUCUGCGCUUCUCCUCCCAGAUCCACAACAAUGGCCAGUCCGACUUCCGCCCCAAGAAUGGCCGCCAUGCAUGGAUCUGGCAUGACUGCCACAGGCACUACCACAGCAUGGAAGUAUUCACUUACUACGACCUGCUGAGCCUCAACGGCACCAAGGUGGCUGAGGGCCACAAGGCCAGCUUCUGCUUGGAGGACACAGAGUGUGAGGGAGACAUUCAGAAGAGUUACGAGUGUGCCAACUUUGGAGAACAAGGCAUCACCAUGGGCUGCUGGGACAUGUAUCGUCAUGACAUUGACUGCCAAUGGAUAGACAUCACCGAUGUGCCCCCUGGAGACUACCUGUUCCAGGUUGUCAUUAACCCCAACUAUGAGGUACCAGAGUCAGAUUUCUCUAACAACAUCAUGAAGUGCAGGAGCCGCUACGAUGGCUAUCGCAUCUGGAUGUACAACUGUCAUGUGGGUGGGGCCUUCAGUGAGGAAACUGAGCAGAAGUUUGAACACUUCAGUGGACUUCUAAAUAAUCAGCUCUCUGUGCAAUAAAGAAAAUCCUGGGCCGGGCAUGAUGGCUCAUGCCUAUAAUCCCUGCACUCAGACUGAGGCAGGAGGAUUGCCCUGAGAUUUCCACUCCAGACAUUACACCAAGCUUCUGUCUCAAAAAACAAAACAAAACAACAACAACAACAACAAAAAACCCAAGAACAAGAGGAAAGAAAGACAAAAGAUAGAAAGAAAAUGACUUCAUGGUCACCUACUGAGUUCAGGUGACUGUGUCCCCUGGGAGGAAUACCAGUUGCAUCUCUUGGCUAGCCAGAUCCAGCUGAGAAGAAAGGAGCUCUUUCAUUCACCAGGCACUCUACAUGUACCUGUCUUGAGGCCUCAGAGGCAGGGGCAUUGGCAUAUGGCUAUGGGAACUGGAUGGCAAGCUAUGAGAGGCUCCCAUCCAAGUUCUGGCAUUUCCUAAGUGUGAUAUCACCAAGCUCACCACAGAAGGGCCAUUUUCUUCUGGAGAUGUGGCAGGUGUGAACUCAGCAACUGCAGAGGUGGUCAAGCCAGAUUCCCCCUUCUUAGGUCAUCUCUGGAAAACUUGAAUAUCAAGACCUCUAUAUUAAGUGGGUUUUUUUUUUUUUUCCUCAUUGUACACAAAAUCAACUUGAGGAAGGAAGGCUUUAUUUGGCUCAUGGUUUGAGGGCCCAGUGCCUCGUGGCAAAGAAGGCAUUGCAGCAGGAGCAUGCCAUGUCUGGUUUCAAACUCACUGUCUAGCCGAGGAUGACCUUGAGCUUCUGAUCCUCCUGUCUCCACCUCCAGAGUGCUGGGGACGAAACCCAGGACUUCACACACAUACGGCAAUGUGCUCUUUAACAACUCGAGCUGCUGUCUCAGCACCCACUUUUCUCAGCUGCUGUAAACUUGUGCGUCUUCUUUUCCUUACCAAACUGCACAAUUUCCUGUGUCGUUAUGCUCCUGGGGAAAUACCAGCUGCUCUUGUUUUUUUUUAAAUUGUGGGCCUGAAUAAGAGCAGUGAGCAGAACCAUACCAGAGCCUGAACACGGUCCCAUCUUAAAAUGUCCUCUGCCAAACAAAUUAGUCCAUCACUCUUAAUAAUCACCCCAGUGCUCAGAACACAGGCAGGAUGCAGCUGUAUUCUUGCCAGGGCAUAAUAAGAUUGGCCUCUAGCUCAGAUCCAGAUAGUCAGAUAGUCGGAUAGUCCUAGGGCCCCAUUGAAGCCUCAGGUGCCAGGCCGCUAAUGUCCACAUUUCUCUUGGCAUUCUGAUCUUCCAAACUCCCACCAGAAUAGCCAAUUCAGCUGUUCUCAACACUCUAGGGCUUUUCGGGCCCAAAAUUCCAAGCUUUUCCAGAUUCCUCCCUCAAACCUUUUCUCAGAGCUCAAGAAUUCCACAGCCAUGCUUAUCACAUUGAUGUGGCCACUCACAGCACUGAUCUUCUCGUAUUAGUUACUUUUCUGGUUACUAUGACAAUACUUGACAACAGCUGUUUAAGGGAAGGUUAUAGUUCAAGAGUACAGUCCAUCAUAGUGGGAAAGGCAUGGUGGCAGGUGCUGGAGGUAGCUGGUCACAUUGUAUCCACAGUCAGGAAGCCAAUUGUGAAUGUUGGUGCUUCAUUUGCUUUCCCCUUUGUAUUCUGCCUACAGCCAGACCAAGGAAUGGUGCUACUAGUGUUAGGGUGGGCCGUCCCUCUUCCAUUAAACCUCUUCUGGAAGCAUCCUCAUAGACCCAUCCAGAUGUGUGUUUUCGGGGUGUCUCUAAAUCCCCUCGAGGUGACAAUCAAGGUUACCUAUCACAACCUCUUCCAGUUACACCAAGUUCUGUACCUAUGCAAUUAUAGCCACAAUUUAAAGUACAAUAGCAAGCCAUACAUUCCAAGACUCCAAGAAGACUGAAGAUUUGGAUGGUUCUGAGACAGGAUAGGAAGAGAAACUCGAGGGGAACAUGGGAGGGGCCCUUCACCUCAGAGUCUGGUUGAAGCUCUUGCCAGCUGAGAAUGCUGACACAGAGCACAUUGUGAAUGGUGCUAAUAUAGAGACAGUGUUUUUUAUAUAGAGAUAAUUCAAGUAAGGAAUUAGGAAGUACAAAUGCCCUUUCUCCUUUCCCAGCUGUAAACGUACAGUUUCCUAGAACUUCACCGGGAACCCCAUUGACAGAAAAAAGCAUUAUCUCAAGACCCUUAUGCUGUCCUCAUGACCCAUGGUUCCAUCUUAUCAGGGUUCAGUCCUGUCCAAGGCACCUCUGGAGCCGCCCUAUAAUCUGACAAGAAGGGGAAGAGGUUGGGAGCAGGACUUAGAAACCCAUCAAUAAUACCAAAGGCUUCCCAACCCCUGUAUGGCUAGUUACUAAGACACUGCUGUCCUUUGAGAAGCCCACACCCCAGCUCCCAGGUGUGCCUCACUUUCCCUGAGGGCCUCUUAGCCCCUCUAACUUAAAUUUAUAUUUAAAAUAUUUUAAAUAAACUUUAACUCUGCUUCA